CCCAAUAGCUUCUUCUCCUAUUCCUCAAGCUAAGAAUGGACGAGUCCAUAGGCAAAUUCUGCAAAACCCUAGCCAUUUUCUGUAACAAUCUCCAAAACAGCUGCCACGCUCUCAAAGAGUCCCUUGAUCGUCGUCCCAUUCCUCUUGAUUCUGCAUCGACGACCUUUGUGCAAAGCUUGAACCAGAGAGUAUCGUCACUGAGCGGUGACCUCAACGUGCUGGAGUCCAUGUCUUGUGAAACGGUGUCGUUUGAGGAGCUACUCGGCCAUUGCAAUGAAGUAUUCAAAAUGAACCAAACUCAUCUUCUUUCCCUCCAGGACCGUCUCCAUAAUCUUGGCUAUAUUUCUUCUAUCGAUCUUAUUGAUGAAGACAUUGAAGGAGAAGAAGAAGAUGCAAAAGUUUGGGAAGAUUUAUCACCUGACUGCAGCUUAGACUUGAAGAAAAUUGAAGAUGAUCCUUUGCUGGAUGAUUCUCUGAAUUUGCAGAACCUUGGUCUUUCUGAUGUUUGCCUAGCUACCAUAGCAUCUGAAGCUAACACUACAUAUGAGAAAGAGGGAUUAUAUCUAGCAAUUGAGAAGAAGCAGGACAGUAGUGAUGGGAAAAUGAAUGAUGAAUUAAAGUCAUCUGAAGAUAUUCAGUCGUUGAUAACUGUGUCAGAAAAUGACUAUGAAAACCUCCCCAAACAUUUGAAGAGUUUAGCUUCAUGGCAGGAUUUAGUUGUUGCUGUUGAGAAGAUGAACUCAUUCCUCCGCACGAAAAAGACUAGGCCAUACUCCUUCCAACAAGAUGAAAUUGCGGUAUUAGAUUUAGGGCAUAAAGCUAGAUCUUAUCUGCUGUUGCUCAUAAAUAUGAGUCGAGUAAUAGUAGAGACAAGUGAUGGCUUGAUUUGUUAUAGAAUCUUAUAGUGUGCAAUGAGUGCAGAGAUGAAACCCAUUGAUGUUAACAAGUUAGGAAUAUUCAGCUGAAGUGUGUGCUUUUAAUGAUUUGAUAUUCUUGAUCAGAAAAAAGGGCAUAACAAUAUUUAAUGCCCAUUUAGUAUGGUAUUAAAGGCUCAUUUAUUUGCA